AUGAAGGACGCGGAAAAUCGGAAAGAUAUUAUAAAAGCUAUAUACUGGUUAUAUGAAGCAAAAGAAAACGGGAGAAAAAGUAGAGAAAAAACUAAUGAUGGAAAAACAGAUGAAGAAGAAACAACAAGUGAUAAAAAGUCAGUGGCAACAGUAAAUAGCUUUCUGAGUGAACAUGAAGCAUGGUUAAAGCAAGUGGAAAUGAAGAAAACUGAAAAGAACAAUGAAGACCAGGAAUUAUACAUUGGAGUUUAUUUUGAAAAAAAGGAGGAUAUUGAAAAAGCAUGUAAAAUUGAGAUUGAGGGAAACAAAGAAAAUGAAACAUUCAAUUUAGUUAGAGUCAUAGUAACAUGUACAAUGUCUACAAGAGGCAUGUGGUCAUCAGCAAUUGCACAUUUUGAAGAUUAUCUAGUCACAGGAUACUCUGAUGCUGUUAAAAGAAAUGUAAGCAGGGAUAAAGGAAAUAAUGAAGGGGACAAUAUAUUAGAUAUUAAGCAAUAUAAUAAUAACAUGGAAGAGAGAGUCCAAACCCUGGAAGAAUAUGUGGGAAAAGAAGCUUUUGAUGAAAUAAUGGAGGAAGAUGAAGAUUUAGAUAAUACUGUGAAGGAAGUGUCUAAUGCAACUACUGAAAAUAUAAGAACAAAAGAAAAACAAGUAAAACAAAUAGAGAUACUGUUAAAAUGUUAG